UUGAGAUUUAGUAACGGCCGUAUCAUUAAAACACUGGUGCGUGAACGUCCCCGCGGGGCUGUCCUUCCCCAAACCCAGCUCCCCCGCACCUUUGCGUAUUACUGAAGUCUUGCGGUGUUGCUCACUGCGCGGGUCCCCCUCAUAGUACUGGAACAAAUGCGGGGCAGCUAGGGCCUCCCCGCACCAAGCCCCAGAUGAUAAUUACAUAUGAUAUCCACAUGAAGGUUAUUAUUAUAACAAAAUCUUUUUAAAAAACUAUUUGAUAAAUAUCACACGGCUUUCACUCUAGUAUAUGAUGGAAAUAACAUAUAUUUACUUUUUAAAAAAAUAUGUUGCAAAAUUCCAACUUCAAGACCAGUCGCUAUCGCCAAGGGUACAAAGUCAUGUUACCACAAGAAAGAUAUCAGUAUCUGAGAGCUUAUGAACGUCAUGCAUUACGACUAGGCAGAUGGAUUCUUCCUGACAAAAUGAAUCCGUUCCAUGCUAUGACAGAGGAUGAGUUUGUGGCACGCUUUAGGCUCAGUAAGGAAUCCACAAAUGUUCUCAUUCAAAAGAUCCUGCACAUGCUACCAGUCUCUCUGGAUGGAAGAGGCUGUUCUGUUCCACCACAUCUACAAGUACUCAUAACUUUGUCAUAUGUAGCAACUGGUAGCCAUCAACUGAGCAUUGCUGAUUGUUGUGAGGUGUCGCAAGCAUUUGUUAGCAUUUGUGUCUCCAGAGUAGCAAGAGUGAUUGCACACCUGAGUUCGGAAUACAUCCAUUUCCCCCCAUACAUGAGAAGAAUUUAUGUAAUGCAAGAAUUUAUGCACAUAGCAGGAAUUCCAGGUGUAUUAGGUUGCAUUGAUUGCACCCACAUUGCCAUUCAGCGCCCAAGCUCCCCACGAGCAGAAGUUUUCUGCUGCAGGGAAGGCUAUUUUUCUAUAAACGUUCAAGCUGUAUGUGGGCCACAGUUAAAGUUUUUUAAUAUUGUUGCACGGUGGCCUGGAAGUGUCCAUGGCAGCAGAAUAUUUGAUAAAAGCCAUAUCUGUCAGGAGUUAGAGGAUGGAAAGCUUGAUGGCCAUCUCCUUGGUGAUAAUGGGUAUCCAUGUCGCAAGUACUUGCUUACACCAAUUAUUGACCCAAACAACAUUCAUGAACAAAGCUACAAUGUGGCACACAUUAAAACACACAAAACUAUUGAACGUGCAUUUAGUGUUCUUAAAAGAAGAUUCUCUUGUCUUGGAAAAAAAUUGAGAACAAGUCUAGAAACCACUAAAGUUAUAAUUGUUGCAUGUGCAAUACUACAUAAUCUGGCUAUUCAGUACAGGGUAGCAGAGCCAGAAAUAUAUGUAGAUGACUCUAAUGAAAAUCCUGUUGAUUUAAUGAUACACCAUCCAGAUCCACCAAACACUCAAAGAAAUAUUGAGGGAAAUGUUAGACGUCAGGAAAUCAUAAAUCAGUAUUUUUGAUGGCAUAAAUUGACAUUAAGUUUUCUUUAAUGGAAUGAUUGUUGACUGGUGUUUG